AUUCAGUCCUUUCAAAAUCAUGUUUACAGUAGAAGAUCACCUCUUUCUCCUCCUCUUCCUCCUACCCAUUAUACAAGCAGCUAAACAGCCUUGCCUGCUCUCCAACAUGUGUGGCAGAAAAACCAUCCCUAUUCGAUUUCCCUUCCAACUACAUCAUAAAGAUCAGUACCAGGAAGGCCAAAACAACUCAUGUGGUUAUCCUGGUUUCAACUUGAGCUGCAACACUCAGGGUAAAACGGUUCUAAGACUCCCUUAUUCUGGAGAUUUCUUUGUGCGGAUGAUUGAUUAUGAGAUGCAGAUGAUAAAACUUUACGACCCUGAUAAUUGCCUUCCUCGACGGCUUCUGCAGUUCAAUCUUUCCGGCUCCCCUUUUGUUCCUGCAUUUUCCCAUGAGUACACAUUUUUCAGCUGCCCAUCUCAGUCCACAAAGCCUGGUUUCAUUGCCAUGGAUUGCCUUAGCAAUUCCACAACUUCCUUUUUUGCUACUCCAUCCUUGAGUACUCUUGUAAAUUUGCCAUCUCCGACAUGCAAGAUCCUUACUACGUUGCAAGUUCCGGUAACGGAGCAAGAUCUUUUUUAUGAUGGAUUCUCUGCAGACCUCAAUGAAGAUCUUCAACUAACAUGGAGUUUACCUAAUUGUGGAAAAUGUGAAGAACAAGGCUUUUUUUGUGGGUUCAAGAGCAAUACGAGUCAAGAAACUGGUUGUCUCUCUAGUGCUCUUAAAUCAGGCGGAUUACCCAAUGAUCUCCGAGUAUUCAGGAUAAUCUGCUUCUCCAUCGCUUUACCAGUCAUGACAUGCAUUAUUGGGGUUGCAUGUUUCGCAUGUUUCACGGACCGUGGCAGACGCAAUACUACUACUACUGCAGGGCGCAGCAACAGCUCGCAAGGCGUCGUAGCAGUAGUGUCAGCACAGCCCACCAUUGUAGUGAUGGGUCUCGACGAAUCGACCAUUCAAUCCUACGAAAAGCUAGUCCUCGGGGAGAGCCGGCGACUCCCCGGUCCCAAUGACGGCACUUGCUCGAUUUGCUUGUCGGAGUACUGCAACAAAGAUAUACUUCGAUGCAUACCGGAUUGCAAACACUGCUUUCAUGCUGAUUGCAUCGACGAGUGGCUCCGAAUGAAUAGUACAUGUCCAGUCUGCCGAAAGUCGCCAUCCCCUGCACAUGAUCAUGCUACUUCAAAUAAUGUUUGAUG